UGUUGUCGUCCGGCACGUACUAACGUAUUCAUAUUCAUCGUAACGAUGUGCAUUUGGUCGUGGUCGUAAUGGUUGUCGUUGAGUGUGCAGCUUAAAGUACAGUUUUAAAGUGAGAGAUUCCCGUUUCGCUCGCACGUUUAGAGUUUGAUUGAAGACCGUCUCCAAAUUAACUUGCACACUCACGACUCCUAAAACUCUCUGAGCGCGUUAAAAUGCUUUGCAACAUUUGCAGAAGAACUUUAAACUUCGGUUACAACAAGUGCGAAGCUUGCGACUACAAACUCUGCCCGGAGUGCUUCCAAAGAACUGGCCACAUUCACGAAAUGAAAUUCACAUUAUCGCUUAUAGAGGAACCGUUAAUUAAAAGCUACAUUCAGAUGCUGUUGCAGAAGUACCGAGAUCAAGACGGUAGCAACGCGACCGCCGAAUCUCUAUUCGUGCACAUAAGAAGAACGCGUCUAAUUUGCGACUGCAUCUUUUGCAAACAACUUUAUCUCAUCUACGUUUACCACACCUUAAAGUGUUCAACGCCCGGAUGCGUUAUCCUUCGCUGCCCCGUCGUUAACGAAUAUUUCCUAAAGAAGCGUCUUUCGGAAAAUCAAACUCACGACUUGGAACUGUUAAAGGCAACGACACAGCAGAGCGUCAACGAAAACGCUGACCCCACCAUCAUAAGCGCCGUCUUGGCGCGUAAAUUUACGAUUCAACGUUGCAUUCGUACACUCGUACAUGCGUGUCACUGUUUGGAACCCGACUGCAUGCCGCUGAGCUGCCAGAAGAUGAAGCGUAUCUUGGCUCACAUUAAAGUGUGCAAGCGUAAAAUACAAGGCGGGUGCACCAUUUGCACUCAGCUAAGUACGUUGUGUUGUUUUCACGCCAAAAACUGUAAGGAGAAGAAGUGUCCGGUUUUGCUUUGCUCCGCGUAUAAACGGAAGCUGCAGGAGAACAAAAAGGCUCGUGUGGCGUAGGUAUAGACAUUUUUACAAGUGAUAAACGUAUUGAAAAUAUGGCAAAAUAGUAUUGUAUCUUUAGCACUGUAUUUCUUUUCGACUACAAAUAAAUGUAUUUCCUUUCUAAGUUACGAAGAAAUUCUGAA